AUGUAUCUUCCGUGGAUUUUGUGUGCUUUCAACGCUGUUCUUCGCGGUGGUGGAAUGAACGAGCUUCUGGGAAUCCUUGUCGGCCACACCUACUACUUUCUUGCGUUCGACUAUCCGUUACAACAUGGAGGAGCUUCCUUCUUGCAAACACCACAAUUUCUCUAUAACUUCCUCCCCAAUGAAGAGGGUGGUGUUCAUGGAUUUGGAGCAGAACGAGUAAAUCAACGUCGUGCUGGUGGUGCUCAAGGUGGUGGCAGGUAUUUCUGGGGUCGAGGGCAACAGCUGGGUGGAGAAUGA